GCAGCGGCGGGGCCGGGGCCGCGGAGCCACCGCCCCGUGCCGGGGCCAUGGAGCCGGUGCCCGGGCGGCGGUGGCAGAAGGUGCUGUACGAGCGCCAGCCUUUCCCCGAUAACUACGUGGACCAGCGGUUCCUGGAGGAGCUGCGGAAGAACGUGCACGCCCGGCAGUACCGGUACCAGGCCGUGGUCUUCCAGUCGGGAGCGGUGGUGCAGCAGCUGUGCAGCGUCUGCGUCUUCGUGCUCACCUGGUGGUACAUGGACGCCGGGCUGCUGAGCCCGCAGGGCCUUUUCGGAGCGGCGCUGCUCUCCUCCCUGCUCGGCUACGUCCUGUUCGACGCCGUGGACGGCGGGGCCGAGCGCUGGGCGAGCGGGCGGACGCGCUGGGCUGACCUCAAGAGCACGCUGGUGUUCGCCGCCUUCACCUACGGCUUCUCGCCGGUGCUGAAGACGCUGACCGAGUCCAUCAGCACGGACACCAUCUACGCCAUGUCGGCCCUCAUGCUCCUGGGGCACCUCAUCUUCUUCGACUACGGUGCCAACGCCGCCAUCGUGUCCAGCACGCUGUCCCUCAACAUGGCCAUCUUCGCCUCGGUGUGCCUGGCGUCGCGCCUGCCGCGCUCCCUGCACGCCUUCGUCAUGGUGACCUUCGCCAUGCAGAUCUUCGCCCUGUGGCCCGUGCUGCAGAAGAAGCUGAAGGCGCGCACGCCGCGCUGCUACGUGGCCGUCACGGUGCUCUUUGCGCUGGCGGCGCUGGCGGCGCUGGCCACCGUGUCCGGCGUGGGCGCCGUGCUCUUCGCCUCCCUGCUGCUCGCCAUCUCCUGCCUCUGCCCCUACUGCCUCAUCCGCCUCCAGCUGCUCAAGGACAACAUCCACGGGCCGUGGGACGAGGCUGAGAUCAAGGAGGAUCUCUCCAGGUUCCUCAUGUAGCCAUGGGGGACCCUCUGCUGUGAGCGGUGGAGGGUCCUGGCUGGGGGACAGCCCUGUGGGGGAGGACGCCCGAGGCAAUAAAGUCUCACACGGCAGCAAGGACCAGCCACUCUUGUGUUCGCCCAGGAUCCGCUUCC